GGGCAGCAGCAGGGCCCUGCUGAGGGGGGAGCUGAGAACCCAUCACAGCCUGGGGCUGGGGCUGCUCUGCCGGCAGGCGGACGAGGCGGCUGCAGGGAUGGAGCGAAGGGCGUUGGGAGAGUUCAGCUGGGAGCCAGGACCAGACUUCGGUUAGACCAGUUCAGCCAGACAGGAAGAGGGGGCCACCAGAGCGGACUGGGCAACUGAUCCCUAGCUGACUGUGGGAGUCGGAAGGAAGUGAGCUGAGCUCCUGCAGCGAGUCGUUGGCAUGGGGGUAGACGAAGAGAAUUAUUAUGGCAAACACGGGACGCCACAGAAAUAUGACCCAACAUUCAAAGGUCCCAUUCAUGACAGGGGCUGCACUGACAUCAUCUGCUGUAUCCUCCUCCUCAUCGCCAUCCUUGGCUAUGUCAUUGUGGGAGUCGUAGCAUGGACACAUGGUGACCCCCGGAAGGUGAUUUACCCCACAGACAGUCGCGGGCAGUUCUGUGGCCAGCUGGGAACUCCCAAUGAGAACAAGCCUUUCCUGUUUUACUUCAACAUCAUGAAGUGCGCCAGCCCCUUGGUACUGCUGGAGUUCCAGUGCCCGACCAAGCAGAUUUGUGUGAAUAAGUGCCCAGACCGGUAUCUCACGUACCUGAAAGUCAGGACACAGCUCACCAAAGACUUUGAAUACUACAAGCAGUUCUGCGUCCCAGAAUUUAACACUCAGCAGAAGAGCGUCCCGGAAGUGCUGAGGGAUGGAGACUGUCCGGCCAUGAUCACUCCCAGCAAACCUUUGGCACGCAGGUGUUUACCAGCAAUCAACACCAAGAAAGGGGUCAUCAUGGUUGGGAACGAGACGACCUUUGAUGAUGGAUGGGGACAAACAAAAAGGAACGUGACAGAGCUGGUGGAAGGGGCCAAAAAAGCAAAUGUGGUUCUGGAAGCAAGACAACUGGCCAUGAAGAUCUUUGAAGAUUACACAGUUUCCUGGUACUGGAUAAUAAUAGGUCUAGUGAUUGCCUUGGUGAUCAGCUUCAUCUUCAUUGUCCUGCUUCGCUUCCUUGCUGGGAUCAUGAUCUGGGUUAUGAUUGUGCUGGUGAUCUUGGUGCUCGGAUAUGGAAUCUUCCACUGUUACAUGGAAUACGCCCGACUAAAAGGAGAAGCAGGCUCUGAUGUCUCCCUGAAGGACCUGGGAUUCCAGACUGAUCUGCAUGUCUAUCUCCACCUGAAGCAAACGUGGUUGGCCUUCAUGAUUAUCCUGUGCAUCAUAGAGGUGAUCAUCAUCCUGUUACUCAUCUUCCUCCGCAAGAGGAUCCUUAUUGCCAUUGCGCUCAUCAAGGAAGCCAGCAGGGCUGUUGGUCAUAUCAUGAUGUCGCUGGUGUUUCCUCUGUGCACCUUCUUCCUGGUGUGUCUCUGCAUUGCUUACUGGGCCAGCACCGCUGUUUUCUUAUCUACUUCUAAUGAGGCUGUCUACAAGGUGUUUAACGAGUCUAACUGUGAUUACGCUGGGCAGACCUGCAUACCAGAGACAUUCAAUAUGACCAACAUCACCAAGCAGUGCCCAGAUGCCCGCUGCCUCUUUGCUUUCUAUGGGGGCGAGACAGCCUACCAUAAAUACCUCAUCGUCUUCCAGAUCUAUAAUGCCUUUAUGUUCUUCUGGCUGGCCAACUUUGUGAUUGCGCUGGGCCAGGUCACGCUAGCCGGAGCCUUUGCUUCCUACUAUUGGGCCUUCAAGAAACCUGAUGACAUACCGGCUUUCCCCCUCUUCUCUUCCUUCGGCCGGGCACUCAGGUAUCACACUGGCUCAUUGGCCUUUGGGUCUCUGAUUCUUGCCAUUGUCCAGAUCAUCAGGGUCCUUCUGGAGUAUCUGGAUCACAGGCUGAAAGCUGCUGAGAAUAAGUUUGCCAAGUUCCUGCUGACCUGUCUCAAAUGCUGCUUCUGGUGCCUGGAAAAAUUUAUCAAGUUCCUGAACAGGAACGCAUACAUCAUGAUUGCCAUCUAUGGCACCAACUUCUGCACUUCAGCCAAGAAUGCGUUCUUCCUGCUCAUGAGGAACAUUAUCAGGGUGGCUGUUUUAGAUAAAGUCACAGAUUUUCUGCUCUUCCUUGGUAAACUCCUCAUCGUGGGAACUGUUGGAAUCCUCGCCUUUUUCUUCUUCACUCAGCGGAUAAAACUGGUUCAGGACACUGCACCUCCUCUCAAUUACUACUGGGUCCCUAUUCUGACUGUGAUUGUGGGCUCCUAUCUCAUUGCACAUGGAUUCUUCAGCGUCUAUGCCAUGUGUGUGGAUACCCUCUUCCUCUGCUUCUGUGAAGACCUGGAGAGGAAUGAUGGAUCUCCUGAGCGACCUUACUACAUGUCCCCAGAGCUGAGUGAAAUCCUGCUGAAGGGGAGCCUAGAAUCAUCCAAAAGUGCUGAUAGCCAAGGAUAGGGCUCAACUUUCUGAACAGGGAGGGCUAGCACAUUGGAAGACCUGGAGCGUAACGAUGGUUCAUCCGAAAAGCCUUACUUCAUGUCAUCUGACCUGAAAAAACUUCUGGACAAGACAAACAAAGGUCACUCGGAUGCAUAGCAGCUUCCUCUUCACUCACUGCCCUCUUCACUUCUAUUUGUCCCUUCCCCGUUUCCAUUUCAGGAGCAAAUAAUAAUAUACAGCAUUAAGUGCUAUUAGUCUAAUAUGCAAACCUUGUUAGUACUUUGUGAACUGCAGUAUCCUUUACUCAAAUUAAGAUGGACGGCUUUGGCUGUCAGCCUGUGCAUUGGCCACAAGCUUGUCCAGAGCAGUGGAAAUUGUUUCUGAAGAGCAUUUUGCAGGAUUUUCCUUCCUCAGAUAGAGAGAAGGGAUUAGUGUCAAUAGUUCUACUUAAGAUUGUUAGGCAUUGCUAAGUAAAAACUGAGCCCACUGCCCUAGUGGACAGGUAUCCACUACUGCAGAACCCAGCGCUACUGGGACCCUGUUGGUCUCAGGGGAGAAUCGAAGAAAUGAGUUGGUCAGUUUUCAGCUGAGGCCCACUGAUGUAAGGUUAACUUGCCCUGCCUUUGUCCAUCUCCAUCUAUUCCAGAGACUGAAUUCAGUCUACAGGAAUGUAAAGCCAGCACCAAUCACAGAUUCACAGACACCAAAUGAAUUUUAAAAUAAAACUACUAAAUCUGUCACACCAGUAAAGCCAGAUCAUUACCUCCUCCAUUAGCUCGCUAGAAGAUCACUAACAUACUUGACUGCACUCAGAUACUACCAUGCUGGACACAUUAAAUACCUUCACUGAUUGAGGAACGCACCUAUUAAUGCCUUGUCUUCAUGGACGAUGGCAGGGACAGAAGAGAAACCUGCAAUGUUAAUCAAGCUGCAGAACUUGAACAGCAGAGGAAAUGCAAAAUACUCAGAUAAGCGCUGGUAGGGAAUGUGCAUGUCUGGAUAGUCAUUAGUGUUACUGAUGAAAGCUCUAUGUCAUUUGUUUUGUCUCUUCAGUGAGAUUGACAGUCCAGGAGUGUGCUGCUUCUGUACCUUUAACACGUUUUGGUUUAUUGGAAAAAUCCAGCAUUAUAUGCAAAAACCCAUUUGAAUGCAUGGGAAAGAAAGGAUGCUCAUUGUUGCUUUAUAUAUAUAUGUGUGUGUGUGUAUGUGUGUAUAUAUAUAUAUAUAUAUAUAUAUAUAUAAAAAGAGCUGGCUAACGGAAAAGUAUUGUUAACUGUGGUGAAACAAACCAAAGGGUCAAACAAACAAACUUGCCUCACAGUUUUGAAAGCCACUGUGUUCUGUGAACUCCACCAUCUGAUGGGGGAGCCUGCUGGGAAGUUCCAGUCCGAGGGCAGCUUCCACCUAGAGAAAUACCAGCAACGUGUGUGAGAGAAAAAGCGAGACUAGAAUGCCACUGAACGUUAGACAGCCCAGUGUUGCAAAUUAAGUUAUCAGGCAUGUUAAGAAUCACUGUAGUUUCCUUUAAGUGGUCAUCUCUCUGACUGUGUCCAAUGUUGGCAAAACUGAUAAUGUACCACAGGUGCAACUCUACCUCCGGUAGCAACAGAGUAGAGUAGACAGGACUCAGUUUUUUUUUACCAGUGAGCAGGGUUGGCCAGGAUGGUGGGGAAAAAGGACAGGCCUCAGGCUGCACUAGAGCAUCCACCCUUGCUCCCACUAUUUGUGAAUUACUCUAUUUUCACUAAUGUAGAUGGGGCCCUCUUGGGGAUAGGAAAGGUGGUCAACCUCAUGACUUCAUUUAUUAUUUUUAAUCUGCUUAAACAAAUUGAAAUGGGGCUAUUUGGAUGGUUUACAGCUUCCAAAUAAUGCAGGAACACAGAGGUGUAAAGAGGCAUUGUGAGGUUAUCUGGACUCUUUAUUUUUUUAAACAAAAAGGAACUCUUUAUUCCAAAUAUGUUAAUUUGGCCAGUUAAUUUGUAGCAUUUAAUUUGUGCUAAAGAUUAUAUUUUACUUUUUUUAUACCUAUUUCUAGUAACCUUUUGAGCCUGUAGUAUUUUUUGUAAGAUAUGAGAAUUGUUUUAUAUCUGAAAUAUUAAAGGGUUUUUUGGUUUUGUA